UGACUCCAGUGACUCCAGUGACUCCGUAACUGCUUCCAUGUUUCAGCUCGUCGAUCAUUCUCUCCAUUUCCAAGGAUUCUCCCCGUCCAUCCUGCGGAAUGCGCCCUUGAUAGGGCCUACCUUCUAACACUUUGUAGAAAACAUGUUCUUCAUAUUUAUACCCUGACAAUUCUCCCACUGCUUUGAGCAAUCAUCUACCCAUCCCACACCCGUUCAAGAUGGCGACGACACCAGUGCCACCCAACAAAAAAGUGGCAGCGAUGCCCGCAGAGUCGGAGCUCGUAGCAUUCGACCACAGUGCCGCAGGACAUCAAGGAAUCAGCUCUAAUGCAUCCGGCUCCCUGAUCAUCAAGCCAUGCACACAAGCCGAGAUCGACUUCUACGAGUCCGCCAAAGACCACCCUCUCUUCCAAGCUCAUAUUCCCACGUUUAUCGGCUCCCUAUCCCAGCAUGAAGACCAAGACGCCAUCGCUCCCUUGCUUGACUCCACGAUCAAUACCGGCGCAGUGAACGGCACCAGUCUCCCUGCGCCCGGGCUGUCGAAGCGAGUGUCGUGGAAGCCCUCGGGCGGCAAGAAGUUAUCUACAGGCCUGGCCAUUGUGCUGGAGAAUGUGGCAGCCGGCUUCAAGCAUCCGAACGUGCUGGACGUCAAGCUCGGAGCACGACUUUGGGCCGACGACGCUCCGCCUUCGAAGCGGCAGAAACUCGACGAGGUCGCGAACCGCACGACCAGUGGCACUCUAGGCUUCCGCGUGGCGGGCAUGAAGAUUCGACACCACCACCACGAUGAUGGAGAUACGGCGCAUCAGCCUCACAAAAACGAAGAAGAAGACCCGGCGCAUGUGCAGAUCAAAAAUGGUUAUAAAUCAUACACUAAGUUCUAUGGCCAGUCGUUCAGUCAGCAUACCGUCGUCGACGCGUUCACCACAUAUCUGGGUGGCGUGCACCACGACCCGAGCACAGGGAAGAAGGUGUUCAGGCGGAAACGCGCACAUGUGAUCGUGCAGAGACUGAUUCGGGAAUUGGAGAGUAUCCAGUACGUGUUGGAGAACGAAGAGAGUCGGAUGUACAGUGCCAGUGUGUUGAUGGUGUAUGAAGGAGACGACGAGGCUCUCGAGGUCGCCAUCGAACAGGAACAGAAGGAGGAGCAGGAAGUGCCGAUAGAAAACGACAUUGUAGAUGGAGAAGGCGACGGCGAAGAAAAUGGUCAAGAUCGAGAUGGAGAUGAAGCCGAGUACGAGCACGACGACGACGACGACGACGACGACGAUGAAGUACCCCCAAAAGUGCAUGAGGUGAGGCUGAUUGAUUUUGCGCAUGCCUCGUGGACGCCUGGUCACGGCCCGGAUGGGAAUGUCCUUAUGGGUGUCGAAAGCAUCUUGCGCAUAUUGAAGGACUUGAUUGACUAGACUCGGAUAUACACAUGGAUACUUUGUACGACUGCGAGACAAAAGUAAAGACGGAAGUAUUGGGACAAUCGAUCAUGUUAUAGGUACCAUGAAUUGAUCUGAUCAGUCACUCAG